CAUCAUUCAGUCACUUUCAGACCGGUGCCGCGUUCGGAUGGAGCCCGACCGCAUGACGCGUGCAGAGCGUUAAACCAGUUUACAGUGAGAAAAAUACCGACCAUAAGGUGGGGGAAAACCCAGAAAAUUUAGUGUGUAAUAUUGAGCAAUAAUCAAUAAGCAAUGUGAAUUUUUGGCGCACAAAGAUAUCUAACAAGAGAGAGAGAGAGCACCGAAAGAGAAUUGCGUUGUUGCCGGUAUCGGUGUAGUGGUGAGCGUGGUUGCCCCAUCUAUGCUCCCAAGCAAGGGCUACUGCGAUUGAGCACCUUUGUUGGGGCAGCAGCAGCUGAGACAGUGACACGGAUAUAUCAGUGUUGAUAAACAGUUCUAUCGCUGUGGAGAUUUUUGACAGAGCUGGUCUACGAAACGCAUAUCAGCUGCAGCUUCUAGAAGAUGUCUCUACCAGCUUCCUGUCCAGACAGUACAGUUUUGCAGAAAUGUGCCACUUUGUAGUGUAGUGGCAAUACAUUCCCUAUCUGCUUAGAUAUAGCAGCCUCCAAACAGAUUGUUUCGUAAGCCCCUCAGGUUCAGUGUUCAUGCUCCACAGUUAGGCCACAUAUUUGUGUCAUUACAGCACAGCAGUGUAACAAAAAGAGUAGCUCAAGUCGUAAGCAUCAAAAUAAUGUGCAAUCAAAGUGGAUAAAUCUGUGCCCGUUCUGGAUCGACGUCACCGUGGCGGAUGCUCGUUGACAGCUUUCCACCCCCUUUUGUGUUUUGUGUGUGCAAGUGUGCGUGUUGUUGUGUGGUAGCGCUUACCAGAGAGCUUUGUAAGCGAAAUUCAUCUGUAGUGCGCCUCUGUAAGAUACGUGCAGCAGGCGAGCGUGUGUUCCCUCUCUUUGUUGUUACCAACCCUGUUUGCGGAAGGGGGUUGCGAGUGUAUAGUGUGCGGCGUGCUUGGAUACUUAUGAACUUGGCCGGUGGGGUGUGUGUGUGUGUGUGUGUUUAGUCAGCUGUUUAUCGUGAUGGUUUGUUUGGAUCGUGCGAGCAGUAAUCGUUUUCACGCAGAAGAAACCACACUAUGAACGAGAAGACAUCGAAGUUUAGCAAGCAAUUGAAUAAAUAAACCGCCACAACAUGGUCAACACCGGCAGUAAGGCACCGCUAGCGAAUGGCAGCACAACAACGGUUCAACGCUACGGUGCCACCACCGACACACGAACAAUCGUACCGGCCGUAAACGGUGCCGAGCCCCAUUCUGUGGACCCCGGGACGAGCCCGACCUUCCCCAACACCACCGUCGACAUGGAGCGUGCCCAGCUGGAAAAGCGCUCCACGCUGAAGAUGUGCGAAAAGAUCGGCUACGGAUUGGGCCACGUGUACAACGAUCUGUGUGCGGGCAUUUGGUUCAGCUACACGCUCCUGUUCAUGCAGGGCGCCCUGGGUAUGCCGGCCGCCGAGGCCGGCGCCAUGGUGAUGCUCGGACAGGUGGGCGAUGCGAUAGCAACACCGAUCGUGGGUCUGCUUACCGAUCGGUACGGCACGAAGAGACAGUGGCACAUAGCGGGAACCUUUAUAGUAUUUUUAACCUUUCCGAUGAUAUUCUCCCUCUGCCCGUGGUGUUCGGUGGCACCCCAUUGGUGGGAAAUUCUGUACUUUGUGAUCGUCAUACUUGCCUUCCAGUUCGGGUGGCCCAUCGUGCAGGUGACGCACCUUGCCAUGAUACCGGAGCUGUCCCGCACGCAGAAAGACCGCUCCGAUCUGACCGCCAUCCGGUACUCGGUGUCGAUCGUGUCGAACGUCGUGGUGUACAUCGUCACCUGGGCAGUGUUGCGAAGUCGCACCAGCACCGACAACCAGAUUGGACCGGGCGAUGCUUACCGGUUUCGGGACAUAUCGCUCAUACUGACACUGGUUGGCGUUUCCAUGUCGGUGCUGUUCAACUUUUCGCUCACCUUCAGCGGGUACGAGCAUCGGCGAAACACGGCCCUCCAGCACAACAUCAUCCGAACGCCGGGGCCACGAGCAGAUACAGACGUUGAGCGUGAAUCGUUGCUUGGCGGACCGGACCAACGGCAACCGAACGGUGCCGGUGCACAGCUGGCAGGAGCGUCCAGCCCUCUCGAUACGAUCGUGCAGCGAAAGCCAAAGAAAAACUUCUUCAAAUCACCACUGCUGUAUCAGAAUGCUUUGCUGUACGUCUUUUCGAGACUUUUCAUGACGACUUCGCUCGUGUACAUGCCGCUCUGGCUGGACGAGCGGGCCUACCAGCCGGACGUAACACCGGCGGAAAACAACGCCAAUGUGGAGCAUCUCGCCACGGUUCCGCUUGUAUCGUUUCUCGCCUCGUUCGUCGCAUCCCUGCUGCUGAAGUACACCAAUCGCUUUGUGGGCAACAGUUUGGUGUACUUUGUCGGGUCCAUCAUCAGCACCAGCGUGUGCCUUUGGAUUGCCCUGUCGCCCGGGUCGGGAGCGUUCAGCACGGUGUCCCUGUUUCUGAUCGCUUCCCUGUUUGGGGCGGGUAGUUCCAUCACGAUGAUUAGCAGCCUGUGCAUAACGGCCGACAUGAUCGGGAAGCAUGCGGAUCAGGGCGGUUUCAUCUAUUCCGCGGUUACGUUUGCGGAUAAGUUGAUCACCGGUGUGGUGGUGGUCAUCAUUGAGUCGGUAAAAUGUCGCGAUCGUUCCGAAUGUCCCGAGUAUUACCGUGGCGUGCUGUCGUACGGCUGUGGGCUGGCGGCUAUUUUAGGAUGUCUCACGUUGGCAACCCUUCUAUGCACUACCGCCUCUACCCGGCGAAGGAAUCGGUAGUGUUCGAUGUAGCGUCCAUUCCAGAAUUAUUCCUAGGUUCAGUUACAUUUAUUCUAUAGAAUUGUUUUUUAUUUUACAUCUUGUGUUUGUGUUAGUAUGAAGUAAAUAAAUUUUAUCCAACCCGUUUACGGAAAUAAAA